GCCGCUUGCUGCAGCUGCUAACCCAGAUAUUCACUAGUGCACUCCUCGUAUUUUGCCUUGUCGGAGGGCAGUCUUAAGUGCGCUAUCUGCUGGAUUCAUCGCCGCAGUGAAGAUAGUUCGAAUGCAAGAUGCCAAGAGAUCUACGACUGGCGUCGGAAUUUUGAAUGGUUAGCUGUGCACCUAUGAACAAAGCGGGAAUUCCUACCAAGUUUAUGAUUCCCGCGUGUAUGCCUCGUUGCCCGUGCCUGUGCCCAGCUCGUAAAAUUCUCGUUGCUCCCAUCGGCCACAAAGGCUUCCUCCCGCCUCCACCUCUCCGCUCGCUUCUCAUGACCCUUGACGCUCUUUCAUCCUAGUAUUCCCCUCAGCUCCUCCACGAUGUCUACCGCAGACUAUUCUACUGCAGCUGGCUCUGCGUCCAUCGGUACUUCCGCUUUUGCUAGCGCGGAUUCUUCCGCCCAGCGAGCUGAGCUUGCCACCAACCUUAUCUACUACUCUGGCCUUCUCUUGCUGGGCAUCGUCGGGGUUUUCUUUCUGCUUGCGCUCCCUAGAGUAGCAGUCAGGUUCACUCGCUGGUCCGAGUUGACGGAGGGCCUAUUCUUGUAUUCUACAACUACGAAGAAAUCGGCCCACGAUGCGUACCCGCUCUCGCCCGUGUAUCCACCUGCACAUGUCUUUAUCCGCUCAAAGCGCGCUGAUGACGAAAAGACCCUCUCUCCACCAGAGGAUGCAUCAGACAUCGAGGACGACUAUGCCCUCGAGACUAAGCGCAUCUCCAUGUACGACAUCUCAAAGGCCCACGAUAUCGCGCGUGUAGAUCGCCGUUAUCAGUAUCCCGUCCACAUGCCGGCAUUGUCGACAUUGUUUCCGGGUACGAGUAGCUUUCUCGCGAGGACCGUUCGUCAGGGCUAUUCGAUAGGCAAGGUGCUAAUGCUGCUCGCGUACACGGGGUUGAUGCUGGCGGUCGGGUUGGUGCAGAGCAACCCGUUCACGGAUUAUAACCACAGCGGAGAGCUGGCAUGUGCGCAGAUUCCGGUGGUGGUUGUGCUCGCGGUGAAGAACAAUGUCAUCACUUGGCUUAUCGGCCAUGGAUAUGAGAAGUUGAACUAUCUGCAUCGCUGGGCGGGAAGAGCGGUCGUACUCGCCGUCAACAUCCACUCGUUAGGAUACAUCCAUGAGUGGUUCAUAAACGGAACUGUCCGCCAGAACUUGACGCCUGACAUCAUCUGGGGUCUCGUUGCGCUCGCGUGCAUGGAUGUUUUGUUCUUCUUCUCCCUGAGAGCCGUCCGCGAGAUGUUCUAUCAAUUUUUCUUCACAUCGCACGCCUUGGCAGCUAUCAUCGUCCUGCCCGCGAUCUGCCUUCACGAAUCCGCCACCAAUGCGUACAUCUUCAUCGCCGUCGGGUUUUACGGCUUUGAUCGUCUCCUGCGUCUGUUCCAGGCACGGCUUGCCAUCGCGCGCCUGCACACGAUGCCUGAGCUCGGCAUGGUGCGCGUGACCAUUCCGAGCGUGAAUGCUGGCUGGCGCGCGGGGCAGCAUCUGCGGAUCAAGGUCCUUAGCACCAGUAUGGGCCUGACGGGGUGGGUGGAAAGCCAUCCGUUCACUAUCGCGAGCGUAAGCAAGUGUUCAAGUGGGAAGGGCAUCGUGCUGCUCAUCAGGAAGGUAGGCGAUUGGUCAAAUAAACUGUACAGUCUCGCGCAGCGCGUGGAGUACAGCGAGGCGGGAGGCGCAGAUAGGCAGGUUAGGGUGCUCAUUGACGGCCCGUACGGCGGUUCGGGACACGCUGUCUUUGCGAGCUUCUCGGGCGCGGUGUUCGUCGGCGGCGGCAGUGGGAUCACAUAUCCGCUGUCUGUCGUACAAGACUUGGUGCACAAGUCGAUUGCAGGGAGCAGCCGUGUGAGGGUCAUCGAGCUCGUAUGGAGUGUGCAGGAUCCUUCGGCGCUCAUGCCGCUCAUGCCCUUGUUCACCACCCUCCUUGCGCGCGCCGAGCGGUCAGAUGCUCAGCUGCGCAUCUCCGUCUCGUACACACGUGCUAUUUCUCCAGACAAUACCGUCCUCGACCGUCUUCUGCCCCUUCCAAUGGGCAUGACACUCACCGCGGGCCGCCCCCGCAUCGCGAAGAUCCUCGAUCGCGUGGUUGACCGCACGUGCGAGCUAUGGAAGGCGUCGCCGACGCUCCCGGCAGGCGUAGUCGUUGGCGUGUGCGGGCCAGCCGGACUGGGAGAGGAGGUGGGGAGAUGUGUGGCUGGUGUGAGUACGGAGAGGAGGAAAUCGGUUGGUGGGAUUGAGCUACAUGAAGAAACGUUUGGUUGGUGAUAGUUGUGCGCGACGGGGCUCGCCGUCGGAUAUUCGUUGGUUGGGAUUAGGGUUGAUGAUUUCCAGAUGUCCCUUAUGAGGUUCUGCAGGACAGAAUGGCAUCUCCGAGUGAGAUAUUCACGCGACCUGCUGCGCCCAUGCGCGGCAGCAUACUGAUAUGCUUACGGUCCACAAUGUAUCGAUUACGAAUGCUUGUAUCUGACAGUACCUGGUUGACAUGGGUUGUAUCUUUGAUAGAUAGAGACGUCCUACUCAAUAGUUUGUCUGGGACUUUGGCAAGCUGCAUGUACAGACACAGGUAGAUGGACAUGCUCAUCGCGGGGAUCAGUGAAUUCGACG